AUGAUCGUCAAAGAAUACAGAAUUUGUAUGCCAAUGACUGUAGAAGAGUAUCGUAUCGGCCAAUUGUACAUGAUAGCAAGAUUCAGUGAAGAACAAAGUUGUAAAGGUUCUGGUGUUCAAGUUGUUGUAAAUGAACCUUGUUAUGAUGAGAAGCACGGCAAAGGCCAGUACACCGAGAAGAAAAUAUACCUCAAUGGGCGAUUACCAGCUUGGCUUGGCAGUAUUCUUCCAAAUAUUUUUUACAUAACCGAGAAAGCAUGGAAUUAUUAUCCGUUUACAAUUACAGAAUAUACGUGCUCAUUUAUUCCAAAAUUUCACGUCAAAAUCGAGACGACUUAUAAAGAUGAUAAUGGCAAAGACGAAAAUGCACUCGAUCUACCUGAAGAAAUCCUAUCAAAACGUGAAGUUUUUCAUUUAGAUAUUGCUUAUGAUCAACUGCCUGAUAAAUAUUAUGUCAAAGAGGAGGACUGUCGUUAUUUUCAUUCGAAGAAAACCAAUCGUGGUCCUCUAGCUGAAAAUUGGAAGGAAUCUUGCAAGCCAAUCAUGUGCUCAUAUAAAGUUGUUAGCGUAUCAUUUAGUAUGUGGGGAUUCCAGCAGAGAGUGGAAUCAUUUACUCAUAAGAACAUUCGUGAUGUGUUGGUACAUGGCCAUAGACAAGCAUUUGCUUGGAUCGAUGAGUGGAUUAAUAUGACGGUAGACGACGUUCGUGAUUUCGAAAGGAAGGCGCAGGACAGGACUAACGAAAAGUUGAUGCAAGAGAAUACGGACAUAAUAGAAAAUGCCGACAAUGGAACCAGUAAGAACGGAGAAUCGCCUCCAAAAGCAUGUAGCACUAAAAAAGGAUCAUCUACCAGAGUAUAA